AUGGGCAGAGCAGCAAUGACCGCCCGUGCGAGGCACAACCAAACCCCGCCCGGGCGCCAGCACUGCCCGGCAGGACGCGGCCCGAUGCGGCCGCGCUGCCCGGGGCCGGACCGGGGCCGCCCCGCCCCGGGCGGUGACAGCGUGCGGGGCCCGGCGGGGAGAGGCCCCGACCCCCCCCGGCCGCCCCGUCCCUCCGCCCGGCCACAGCCCGCGCACCCCGGGGGGAGNCCCCCCAGCGGACGGCAAGGCGCGUUAACCCGAGCCCCCCCCGCCCCGAGCGCGGCCCCUCACCUGCCUGUCAGCCCGCGGGGAGGGGACGGGCGGCGCUGGCCGCGCUCGGCUCCGCUCGGCUCCCGCCGCGUCUCCUCGCUCGCUUCGCCGCCUCCUCCGCCGCUCCCUCCCUCCCUCCCUCACUCCCGCGCCCCCGGCGCGAGACACGCGCAGGCCCCGCCUCCCCCCCGGCGCGCGCGCUCGCCGCGCGGGGCUUCCCUCGGCCCGCCCCGCCCCGCCCCCGGCGUGCGUCACCGCCCGCGCGCGCGUCCCUCCCGGGGAAGUUUGGCCGCUCUCCGGCGCCGUAGCGGCCGCUCCGGGCGGGAAGUGCGAAAAGGCCGCGGCGGGGCUCAGGUACGGCGGGCAGGGCUCGGCCCGGCGGGUCUGGGAACCGAGCACAGGGCAACGAACCGAGCACCGGGCACCGAACCCGGGCCUCCCCUACGGGCGGCAGCUGAGCGCCCCCCACUCCGGCGGGCCAGGGGCCUGCGCGAGGCCGGUGUUUCCUGA